CGCGUCAUCCUCCGCGACAGCGUUGUGUUACCAUGGUGACAGAGUUUGCGUUAUCAGCCAGCUACGUUACCAGAACAGAGACGGUUUUUGUCUUUUACUGCGAAAAACAUCAUUUCUAAUUUCAUAAGGAAGUAAAAUCCAGGUGAUGAAGAAUAUGAUGAGUUCAGAGACUGUGAAUCACGUGACUGUGAGAAGAAGUGAAUCAGCUGAUGCUGAAAACAUCAACAACCUCAUCACAAACACAACUGUGCAAGUGUUUGGACGAGUCAACGUCCUUCAGCUGCUAGAAAAAGCCAACCUGGCCGUGACGGUGGCCGAUGUCAGCGACAGCAUCGUGGCUCACGCUUCCUUCCUGGAUUAUCCUGCUGCAGAUCUGGUGGAUCCGGCUCACUGCGAGCUUUUCCUGAAGAAACACUUCACAGCAGGGAACUGCUGCACGACACUGAACACUCUCUUCCUCCACCUCUUUGUGGCUCAGCCUGAGUUUGCUGCUGAGAGUUUAAAGGAGAUCAUGAGAGUUGUAUUUAACGCCGUCUCAGAGUUGGACAACGUCUGUCUCAUCAGCUCCAACAUUGGUGAUUUAGAGCCGACACUGAAGGACACGUUUGAGCCUCUGAAGUGUUUGAGCGACACUGAACCUCAGUCUUCAGUGUUUGUCUGCCACAGGAAUCAGCUCUGUCCCAGGAUUCAUGUCCGUCCUGCCAGGUUGGAGGAUCACGAUGACAUCAUGGCUCUGUUUGACCAGCAGAGGAGGCUGUUGUCAGUCUUUGGUCGUCCAGACUCUCUGACAGAGGUCAUCGAGGUUCAGGACGAAGACAAUCUCUCAGCUGUCUGUGAGGUGGACGCAGUGAUCGUCGGCUUCAUCAGACUCACGGCUGAUGUUCAUCUGAAGGAGUUACACGACAGUUUUGAUCUUCACGACUUUAACGGUUUUUUUAAACAGCAGCGAAAGAAAACUGAAGAAGCUGCUGCUUCUGACCUGAGAGGAGGAGGAGGAGGAGGAGGAGGAGAAGAAGAAGAAGAAGAAGAAGAAGGAGAAGGAGAAGGAGAAGAAGAAGAAGAAGAAGAAGAAGAAGAAGAAGAAGAACAGAGACCAUGGGAAAAACACAGAAACGUUUUCUGGAUCCAGUUCUUUGUCAUCGACAGCAAAUAUGAAACAAGAUCAGUGGAUGUUCUUCCAUAUGUGUUCAAACAUUUCCCUGACUUGGAUUUGUGCGUCAUCACUGCUCCGACUCUUUGUCCAGACUUUCAGCUUAGGCAGAGUUUCCUCAGGAUGAGGCGUCGCACCGACAACUCUCUGCCCUAUGAACUUUACAUUUUUCACCGUGAUGGACUGAGGCCUGUGGAGGUCAGACCGGCUGUAGCUGCAGACCGAGCCGCUGUCUCUGACAUGAUACAAGGUCUGACCCUGAGUGAGUCCCUGCUUCAGGACCUGGACUGGUUCUACCAGAGUCGCUGUGACCCGGACGGCGUGCAGCUGCAGGCCUUCGUGGCUCAGGUGGACGGUGACGUCGUCGGGGCGGUGGUCAUCGCAGACGAGCAGGACGUGGAGUACGUCCGUGCUCGCUACAACAUCGAGAACUUCAUCUACUUCAGUCACCACCGCUACGAGGAGCACGCUCGCCUUCGCCACUUCGUCCUCCGACCGUCGUUCCAGCACUUCAGCAGACACCUGUUCAAGGAGACACUGAGACUGUCUCAUCGCUCCUGUCUGUACCUGAGGAUCCACCCACUGCACCACAGCCACGAGAAUUCCUGCGUCCACCAUCUGGAUUUUGUCCUCAACUGUGGCGUUCCCGUCCGACCGCGACGCCAGAUCAUCUACCCGCUGGAGGAGGUUGGCAGCGUCGGGCCGUGCAGGCGGAUCACUGAGGAGCAGGAAGCGUUUGCUCUCUGCCUCAUCAGCAGAAAGUUGACCCUGGAGCCAAAGGUCAACGUUAACACGCGUGUGGUGGUGGUGGGAGCGUCGGACACGGGCCUGUCUUUCCUCGAGGUUCUCUGUCUGUGCCCCCACCUGAGCUUCAACAACCUGACCCUCAUCUCAGCACAUGGUUUCCCCGGAGACCGUAACCACGACGACCACGACAACGUCGCGUUUCUGUCCACGAGUCACGCCUACAGCGGCAGAGACCUGGCGCUGCUGCCUCUGAGAUGCCGCGUCGCCGUGGUGACGGACAAGAUGGUGGCCAUCGACAGGAAGUCUAAAUACGUGGUGGUGCGGGGAGGCGAGGAGAAGGUGCCGUACGACCUCCUGGUCGUCUGCACCGGCCUGCAGUACCAGGUGCCCCGUCCCACCGAUCGGCCUCAAACUCCGCCCCCUCGCUGCAGACCCGCUGCGCCCGCUCCCUCCAACCUCCUCACCCUCAACGACCUCCACGACUGCACGGCUGCUCGACACUGGCUCAGAGCCAACUUUGUGGAGCAGGAGGACGAUGCAGUUGUGUACGGAAACAACGUGGACGUCUACACCACAGUGGAGACGUUGCUCAGCCUCGGCGUCCACGGGUCCCGCGUCCACGUCGUCCUCCCUCCUCCUGAACCCGGCGUCGUCUGCUUCAGUGAUCCGUCGGUGGAGGAAGGCGUGGCUGCAGCUCUGGAGAAAAACCAGGUCCAGGUCCACCGUCGCUGCCUGCUGACUCAGAUGGACCAGGGAGGACACGAGGACCGUCUCACAUCGGUGUCCUUCACCACGGACGCGGGGACUCUGCGUCUGCUCUGUGGAGUUUUCAUCAACCUCUCCAGCAGAGGAGUUGACGGCGACGCCUUCAGGUCCAUCAGCGGCUCCUUCCUGGCCUUCGACGGCCGACUCGUCAUAAACGCCGCUUUCCAGACCAGCGACCCGGCCAUCUUUGCCGCCGGACCCGUCACCAAGUUCUCGCGCCGCUACCACGCGGACGAGUGGUCGCACGCCAGCUUCAACUCCAAGGAGGUGGGCGAGCGCCUGGCAGCCGCGAUGCUGACCCUCCUCGACCCCACGCAGGAGCCAAGGGACGAGGCUGCGUCUGAGCUGGAUCAGGAUCGCCUGGUGCCGCUGUACAAACGGGCCAAGAUUCAAGGAGGGAAACUUCCUGGAGGUUACAACUACCUGCAUGUGACCACACCCACUCCCACUGACCUGACUCCUCCCCCUCCUGUUCCACAGGACAGACGGAUCGUGACCGGAGACGUGGAGACGGGAAAUUACUUCAGUCUGCACCUGGACUGCUACGAGCGCGUGGAGACGCUCACCUGCUUCUCCCUGAAGCCCCUCCCUGUCUCCAAUUACCUGAGUCUGUAUGGGAAACACCAGCAGCUGCUGGGCCAGCUGCUGACCCGCUACCACCAGGACCUGAUCCAUGACCUGUACAGCUUCUUCACGCAGAGUUCCUGUUUGGUCGUUUAUCACGACCGAUUUUGUGACUUAGAGCAGGAGCUUCAGCAGAUCACUGCACACACACUCCAGGGCGACUCUGAGCAGCAGACGACGACGAUGGACUGCGGCGCGUUCAAAGACGCAGAGAGUGGAGCAGCUCUGAGAAACCGAGCAGUGAAAUAUCUGAGCUACAACAGGAACCUGCUGCCCAUGUUCAGCUGCCCGGGUCAACUGUAACCAUGACAACCACUUUAUUUAAAUUUCCUGUCAACUUAAAAGAAACUUAAGUGGAACAUCUCAGAGUUCUGUCAGAUUUAAGUCAGAGUUCUGACUUUAAAGUUUUGAAAUCUCAAAAUUCACACUUUAAAAUUCAGAAUUCUGUCAGAUCAAAGUCAGAAUUCUGAAGAAAAAAGUCUUGAAAUCUCAAAAUUCUGUCAGAUUAAAUUCAGAAUUCUGAGAUUUAAGUCAAAACUGUUUUGUUUUUUUUCACAGAAAGUCAGACUUUAAUUGUUUCUCUUCUCCAGAUCUGUAAACAUCACAUCAUUACAUUUAAAACUCCUUCACUGUCAAACAGGAAACAAAGAAACGAGAUCUCUGACGUUCGUGUUUUUCUAUUAUCUGCCAACUGUAACUGAGCGUGACCUUUGCCCUCGGUGACUCUGCAGCAGCGUGACCAAUCACAGAGCGGCUGCCGAUGAAAGAGGAGGAGGGGGGGAGGAGUCACUACAGCUGUAUGCUAAUGAGGCUGUCCGUCAGCAAAAUAACCACACACACAUACACAGAUUCAUGAGUCACUUCUCAUUCUGAGAAUUAUGUGACAAACUUUCAAUUUAAUUUAAAAAUCCCUUCUUUUUCUAUAAUUUUCUAUACUCAUAAUAAAGAAAUGUAAAUUAAGUAUUUAUUCAGCUGUAAAUGGUUUCUGUUAUGAAUUAUUGACAUUAAUUAACAAUAAUCUGAUUUCCUGACGUUAACAUGACAGAGUUAACAGAUUUCAUCUCCUGUUGUUUCUUUUUUUAUUAAUUUAACAGCAUAUCUGUUCUUAUUGACUGCUAUUUAUUAUUGAUCGUUUAUCAGUUUUAAGACAAACGCUCCAAAAAUGUGACCAGAUUAAUGAAAAUUGUGACCAGAUUAUUGAAAAUGUGACCAGAUUAAUGAAAAAGUGUCCAGAUAAAUGAAAAUUGUGACCAGAUUAAUGAAAAAGUGACCAUAUUAAUGAAAAAUGUGACCAGAUUAAUUAAAGUGUGACCAGAUUAAUGAAAACAGUGACCAGAUUAAUGAAAAAGUGUCCAGAUAAAUGAAAAUUGUGACCAGAUUAAUGAAAAAGUGACCAUAUUAAUGAAAAAUGUGACCAGAUUAAUGAAAAUUGUGACCAGAUUAUUGAAAAUGUGACCAGAUUAAUGAAAAAGUGUCCAGAUUAAUGAAAAUUGUGACCAGAUUAAUGAAAAAGUGACCAUAUUAAUGAAAAAUGUGACCAGAUUAAUGAAAAGUGUGACCAGUUAAUGGCAAUUGUGACCAGAUUAAUGAAAAAUGUGACCAGAUUAAUGAAAACAGUGACCAGAUUAAUGAAAAAUGUGACAAGAUUAAUGAAAAAGUGACCAGAUUAAUGAAAAAUGUGGCCAGAUUAAUGAAAAAUGUGACAAGAUUAAUGAAAAAUGUGACCUAAUCUGAAGCCGAAUGACCAGGUCAGAACAGAUAAACUGGUUGGAUUAGAAUGAACGAUUUGCGUCAUACUAAACUUGGUUGGAUCAGACUGUUGGAUCACAUUAAAUCAGAAUUACUAGGUUGUAUCAGAUUGACUGGGACAGAUUAAACUGACCGGGCCAGAUUAAAUUCACUGGAUCAGAUUAAAUUGACCAGGCCAGUUUAAAUUCACUGGGUCAGAUUAAAUUGACUAGGCCAGACCUCAUGUGCUGGAAUUGGGUUUGGUGUUUGUUUUCUUUUGAAAUAAUCUGGAUUUGGCCCAUUUUGUAAAACACACGCUCGCACCCGGGGGGGUCAGUUUGUGUCUGAGACCCCUCCCACCAGCCAGCAGCUGCCCCUUCCCCCCACCCCUCUGUUUUUUAACUGUGCAUUUCCUCUCCAAUCACAGCUUCUCUCUGCGCCUUUUGUGAUGUAAAGCAGGAAAAAUCCACCUCUCCAGAUUAAUUAUGUAUGCGUCACAUAACAGAUUCAUAUGUUCAGAGUUAACUGUCUUCACUGUUAUUUGUGUCAGAUUAUUUAAAAAAAAAAAAAAAGUCCCUGAAAGCAUUGAAUAAAGAGGUUUGAUCUGGUCAGGAGCUGCAGCUGUGGCUGAUUUUAAAUGGAUACCCUCCUCCUUUUGAGAUUAAAAACCUCUUUUUAAGUUUUCCUGGAAAGUAAAGAUCUAGGAUUUGUAAAAUCUGACCUAAUCUGACUGAUUGAAUAAAGAGAUUUAAUCUGGUU